GCUUUCAUUGGCUUGAGUGUGCACGUCGAACUUGGUAAUGGUUCCUCAUUGGAAGGAACUGUGUCUCAUAUCGAUUCUCACACACAACUGUUAACUCUAAAAAAUGUAAAGCUUUACAACAACGGUCGCUUCCAACAACUCGCUAUAUAUGGGGUAGCUGGCACGGAAAUUAAAGAUCUCCAAAUAAUUGCUUCGAAUCAAUUAAACCAGUCAAAUAUCUCUCAACAGCAGCGACAAGUGCAACCUCCUUAUAAUAAUGCAAAAAACCUGGAACCUGUUAAACUACCUUCAACAAACUCCAUCUCUGCUACAAAUAAUUCUACAAAAUAUUAA